AUGUAUUUAUUUGAUCAAAAACUGCAAUCGAUUAUUUCCAAAAGUAAUGUGAUUCCCUAUUUAAUUCUUUUUGUGCCCUACUAUCUUAUGAUCAAAGAAAUUUGGAUUGUCGGCAAAGACAUUCGACAAGUGUGUGCUCUGACCAAUCACCCAGCUCGUUUACAAGCGUUAGGGUGUCUGAAACUGGAUGAGAAACAAAUGGAAACCGCAAUGACAAUGUAUAGAAAUUUGUGCCCAAAUGGAGAACGGGAAUGUGACAUAGUGAACCCGUUCAUCAGUUUUCCAACAACGUUUAAUAUUGUUCCUGGACAUUCCAUCAAUACUUGUGAUAUUAGUGAUAAUUUAUCGAGUCUACUGAAAGCGAUAAUGUGUUUUUUGUCUCGACCCGAGUAUUUCUCACUCAAACACGUGAGCCUUUUGGGCGAUGAUAGUGAUUUGGAAUCAUGCAAAUAUGAUACCGAAUUGACAAGAAUGGUACCAAAUGCAGAAGAAUGGCUGAAUAUCGCACUUAUCCGAGAUCCCCUCGAAAGAACUGUUUCGACGUUUCUGAAACAUUGCAGAGAUGCUUUCACUGGAUCUUCAGAAAAUAUUGCGGGUCGAUGUCAUGGAUGCGAUGAUGAUCUUGAAUGCUUCCUCAAAAGACAACAUCUAUCUGAUCUUCUCUGGGUGAAAAAACAGGGAAUGCCUGGAAUUUUAAAUAAACUGCUCACACCCCAAAAUUGGCAAUGCGAAUUUCGAUAUUUUUAUGAUCUGUUUUAUCUGCUACGUUAUGAUCCAAGGACCCCAAAGCCAACAAUAUUAAAAUUACGUGAUAUGUGGCAAGAAAAUGGUGUUCCUAAAAAAUAUCUAAAUCGAGUGCUUUCGGAGAUUUUCCCAAGCAGAAAUCAUGAAUUCGUCGAUUAUGACCAUUAUGAGUUUGCUGAAUACCGUCGACUGAUUUUAAACACAACAACACUUUACGAAAACUUUAUGAAGCAAUAUUUUUACGAUUUCAUUCUCUUUCGAUUUCCACCACCCAAACAAAUCCCUGUUUAU